AUGGCAGCUGACGAGGGGCAGCUCCUUGGUGGAAAUGGGCCGUUUGCAGUGGUGCCUCUGUCGGAGGACUGCGGCUUCAUUGAGUGGGUGCCCCAGACGGUGACGCUGCGCAAUGUGUGCACCGAGGUCUACGCGGCAGAGGGGCUCACCGACAUGAAGUCCACGCUCGCCAGCGUCCACAGCACCUACAAGAACUUCUCUGGCAAGCGGCGCAGCGAGCUGCUGGACAAGGUUCUGCAUGUGUUCCCUCCGCGGCUGCACCGCUGGCUGCUCUCCAAGUGGAGCGAGCCGGCCGCAUGGCACAAUGCGCGCCUCGCAUUUACCCGCACCAACGCCGUCUGGUCCAUGGUGGGGCACAUUGUGGGCCUGGGCGACCGGCAUGGCGAGAACAUCCUGAUUGAUGCCUCCUCUGGGGACGUGGUGCACGUUGACUUCUCCUGCCUGUUUGACAGGGGCCUCAUCCUGGAGGUGCCAGAGAUGGUGCCCUUCCGGCUGACCCAGAAUUUGAUAGAUGGCUUUGGCGUGUCGGGCUAUGAGGGCGUCUUCAGAAAGUCCUGCGAGAUCACCCUGCAGGCACGGCAUUAA